AUGAAGAAGGUCUCUACGAAGAAGACAUUUGUGUCUGACUUGAGCCAGUGCUGGGCAACAGCAGCUCCGCCCCCCGCCGGCCGGCCGCGGGGGCGCUUUGGUAACUGCGGAGGCUACGGGGGCCUGGGCAGCUACAGAGCUCUUGGGGACGGCGUGGCUAUCGGAGGCUACGGCAACGGCAUCGGCAUCGGCCUCGGUGGAGGUAGAUCUGAAGGGAUUCGGGGCGUCAGCAUCCAUCCGGAGCUCCUCAAGCCCCUCUGCGUUGGGGUUGACCCCGAGGAGUGCCAAGUGCGGACCCAUGAGAAGGAGCAGAUCAAGAACCUCAACAACCAGUUUGCCUGCUUCAUCGACAAGGUCCGGCUGCUGGAGCAGCAGAACAAGGUGCUGACCACCAAGUGGGAGCUGCUGCAGCAGUAUGUCCUCCCAGCUUCCAGGAGAAACCUGGAGCCCGUUUUUGAGAACUUCAUCUGCAACCUGAGGAAGCAGCUGGAGUGCGUGCUGGGGGAGCGAGAGAGGCUGGAAAACGAGGAGCGUUGCCUCAGGGACCUGGUUCAAGAGUACAAGUGCAAAUAUGAAGAUGAGAUCAACAAGCGCACAGCUGCAGAGAACGAGUUUGUGGUCCUCAAGAAGGAUGUGGACUGUCUCUACCUGACCAAGGAGGAGCUGGAGGUGAGAGUGGGCCUCCUGCGGCAGCAGCUGGAAUUCCUGAAGUGCAUCUACGCUGAGGAGAGAGCUCAGCUGGACUGCCAGCUGUGUGACACCUCUGUUGUCGUGCAAAUGGACAACAGCCGGGACCUGGACAUGGAGGGCAUCAUCAAAAGUGUUGAGUGCUGCUACGAGGAGAUUGCCCAGAAAAGCAAGGCUGAAGUGGAGGCUUUCUACCAAACCAGACUGGAGGAGCUCCACAGCAGCAGGGGCAAGUUCUGUGACGACCUGAGAAACAACCAGAGCGAGAUAGCUGAGCUGAACCGGAUGAUCCAGAAGCUGCAGUGCGAGUCGGAUAAUGUGAAAAAACAGAUCGCAGCUCUGCAGACGGCCAUCUGCGACGCUGAGCAGCGGGGCGACUGCGCCCUCAAAGAUGCCCGGCAGAAGCUGGUCGACCUGCAGACUGCACUGCAGCAAGCCAAGGACAAGAUGGCAUGCCUGCUGAGAGACUACCAGGAGCUGCUGAAUGUCAAGCUGGCCCUGGACAUUGAGAUUGCCACUUACAGGACACUGCUAGAAGGAGAAGAGAGCAGGUAG